AUGUGUAUGGUGUUUGCCGCUCUCCUGUCUCUUGCCCUUUGCGCUGCCACAGGGUGUGCCAACGGAUCACCCACUGAUUCGUGUUAUAAGUGCGCCGAUCCGCCAAACGAUACCAUCUGCAUCGCUUGUCUAAAGGAUCUGCGUUUGAUUAAUGGGGCGUGCGUGGAUUCUAGUAAUGCAAAUUACUCUAAGUGUGUUCCUGAUUCGUCUAACGGGUAUACUAUCUGUAGCUCAUGUACAGAUGAUUUCUAUUUAGACUCUCUAUUCUUCGGUUGCUUCUCCUGUCACAGCUCCUGCAGCACGUGUUCAGGACCUUCUCACUUUGACUGUCUGACAUGUCGUGUUGGCGAGUUGGAGUCUUCUCCACCCAGCGCAUGCCCGUGUGACUUGCAACUUACCAAUUGUAACUCAUGCGGCUCGGACAAUAACGUGAUCUAUUGUAAAAUCUGCGCAACUAACUACCUACCAAUAAACGGAAAGUGCGUGGACAGUAAUGACUCUACAUACAAGUUCUGCAUCCCUGAUGAGUAUCAUCCCACCUCGUGCGCAUCAUGCACUGGACCAUAUUACUACGAUCCAAACACGUACAGCUGCUUCGAGUGUCAUGAGACUUGUCUCACCUGCAAAGGACCAGGCCCAAUGGAGUGCUUGACGUGUCCUACGGGAGGCGUCAGUGCUGACGGUACUUGCGCAGUUCCCGUCUGCAAAAUGAAUGAUGCUACAAAUACAGUCUAUCAUUGCAAUAACUGCGGCAACGAUAAUAAUUGUGCAACGUGCGCCAAUGGAUACUAUCUGGCAUCAGUUCGAAAGUACAAGCUUUGUAGGCCGUGCAGUCCAUUGUGCAAGACUUGCGCAAAUGAAAAUGAGGAUGAGUGUAUAGAGUGUGCUGUAGGUAAAGCUACUCCCGAAAAAGCUUGCACACCGCCAACAUGCACAACGACUAAUGGACAAGUCGGCGGAACCAACGAUAAUUGUAUACAAUGUUCUACAGAUAAGAUUAAUUGCGUUGAAUGUAAAGAUGGAUACUUCCUCGAAAAGGUUGGGGCAUACGACGUUUGUACAAAGUGUCACAGCACUUGCUAUACAUGCUUUGGACCGUUAGAGACUGACUGUUUGCUUUGCACCACUUAUGCGUCUGCUGAUGGGCACUGCACUGAUCCUGUUUGUAAGAUUAACGACCCUACGAAUACCAACUACAACUGCGCGACCUGUGACAGUAAUGGGAAAAGUUGUAGUAGAUGUAAGGAUGGAUAUCAUGUUACUACUCGCUCCUCAGUCCAGGUCUGUGAGCGUUGCAAUAAUAUGGAGAACUGUAUCGAUUGUGACAUGACAGGGGCAACAUGCACAAAAUGUGCUGUCGGGUACGGCCUUUCUGAUGGCAAGUGUCUUCCAUGUCCUCCUAUGGAAGGAUGCAUCACCUGCAAGGGCACUCUAUCUGAGUGUGAGACAUGCGAUCAGCUGUACUAUUUAAAUACUCAGAAAAAGUGUCAACGGUGCUAUAAAACGUGCCUCACUUGCACCGCCUCCAAUAACAACGAGUGUACAACGUGCAUCAGUGAUGGGGCAGCGCCUACCGGUGGCAAGACUUGUCCUGAGCCUGUCUGCAACGAGUCGUACGGGUGUCAGAUAUGCGCUACGGCCAACAGCUGUCGAGCUUGCAAGGAGGAAGGGUACUACAAGGUCACCUUCGGAGACUACUCACUCUGCAGGCCUUGCCAUGCGAGCUGCUUUUCUUGCAACGGUCCUGGGGCUUCGGAUUGCUUGUCAUGUCCUCUCGGGGACCCAAUUGCUGGUACAUGUGCGACACCUAGAUGCAACAAUCAUCACGACGAUAACAAUAAGAAUUGUGUGGAGUGCACCACAGAUAAAUCAGGCAAUUGCACAAAAUGUUUAGAUGGGUACUUCAAAGUUACUCGCGCAAAAUUCGAGGUUUGCCAAGCUUGCCACGGUUCAUGCAAGACGUGCGUCGGUAGUGAGGAAGGCAAGUGCACAUCCUGCAUCAAUUCAAAGUCAUCGGCCAGCAGUUCUCAACCCGGAAUCUGCUUAGUACCAAUCUGUACUAAGAAUGAAGAUGGUUGCUUAUCCUGUACUUCUGACGGCGCCAGUUGCAGCGUGUGUAACGUGGGAUACUAUCUUCAACAGAUUGGGUUCUACUCCGUGUGCACCAAGUGUCCUGAUACUCACAAGUGUCUUUCUUGCAGUCAGCUGUGGUGGUGUAACUCUGGAGUACUGUGUGACACUUGUCCUGACGGUAUGACUCUACAGGAAGAUUGCAAGUGUGCCAAGAGUACUAUUAGUACCAGCACUAAUUGCCCAUCUGAGCCACAGUAUGCCAAUUGUCGGUAUUGUAAUACCCAGGCAUCAGGUGCACACUGCACUGCCUGUGCUAGCGGGUAUUACAACGGAGAUGGUAACCUCUGCGAGCACAAGUGUCCCCGUGGCUGUGUAGAGUGUAGGUCGGAGACGUUCUGCACAGAAUGCUACCGUGGUGCUUACGCAGGAGCAUACGGAAUGCCCUGCCAUUCCACAUGCAACUCGAGUGAGGCGCUAGUUCUGGGGAGCACCGCUUUGGAGGACCGCUGUGUGCCAUGCCACCCUGCGUGUGUCAGCUGCACUGGUCCGGAAGAGGCCGACUGCGUCGCAUGCUCGCUCAACACGUACAAGUCUGAUGAGCCUGGCUGUCAUCUUUGCCACACACAGUGUCUUACAUGCUCGGGGCCAACGGAAGACUACUGCUUAUCGUGCAAUACAAGUUACUAUAUGCUCAACGGGAUGUGUGUGUUGGCAGAUGAAUGUCUUUCAAACGAUUCCUAUUACAUCAGUGGAAAUGUUUGUCGGAUGUGCAUUCAAACAAUGGAGGGCUGUGUGACGUGCCAAGCAGGCUCUGAAGACACUAUGGUCUGUCUACGCUGCGGAGCCGGUUACACGACAGUGACAAAUAAUGGUACAAUCGUCGCUUGUGUUUCCACAAAAAUGAGCACAGCGAAGUUUGUGGUUCUCGGGGCAGCUUUGGCCAUAUCUUUCGCUGGCGGUAGUAGCAUUGCUCUUUACUUUAUAAUUAGACGACUUCUUCAAUAA